AUGACUUCCACAAUCGGCAUCCCCAUCAAGCUCCUCAACGAGGCUCAGGACAACAUGAACGUCCAGCUCAAGGACAUCACCGUCACCGCCCGCGACGGCCGCGUCUCCCACCUCGACCAGGUCUACAUCCGCGGCUCCCACGUCCGCUUCUUCAUCGUCCCCGACAUGCUCCGCAACGCACCCAUGUUCCGCUCCCGCAACGUCCGCGGCCGCGGUGUCGGUAUGGCUCGUGGUCGCGCGACCGUCAGCAGGGCCCGCGCCAGUGGUCGUGGAGGCAGGUAA